GUGGAGCAGCAGUUGUGCAGUUCCUCUGUAGAGUUUGCAAUGACAGCACAGGUUAUGUUCACACUCUUAACUCUUUUUCUGGUGUCAUUCUGCACUGGACAGGACUUUUGUCUGAGCAAAAAAUGUCCCCAGUGCACUGUGGUUGAGACACACCCGGAGUUUGAGUUGCGCUUGUGUGGUCCCACCGACUGGAUUACUACCAAGAUUGCCAGCACUAGCAGCAGUGAUGUCCUAGCUGCAAAUUCACGGCUGAAGGAUUACACCAAGAGACAGAUUAAAGCAGGUUAUGACAUCCCCACUGACAGUUGGCCUGUACUGGUCACUGUCACAGACAGUGAAGUUGAUCCUAAAUAUUCCUUGUCCUGGUUUCUUCCUCCUGGUGCCAAAAAGCCUGAAAACUCUGAUCCCUUGGUCCAACUGGAAAGUAAACCUGAAGUCCGCAUUUAUGUGAGGGCUUUCGGCGGUUUUCCAAGCCUCGAGAAUGGCCGAGAAAAUGCAAAGCAGCUUCGUGAGGCCCUGAAUAUGGCUGGGAAAACCUUUGAUCCUGACAAUUACAGUGGAGCUGGCUAUGAAUCAUAUUUCUCUCUUACUCACCACAAUGAAAUCUGGAUCAAUGCUGCCUGAUGACAGCUGAUGUCACGAGCUGUAAAUCUUUUUGUCAUGUGAUCAUGGUGGGUUUUCUAUAGCUAUGCUUUUUUUUGUUGCACUUAUCAAAGUACCAGUAAAUUAGUAGAGCAGUUAAAAAAACAAGCACUUUUUGUAUACGUUGCACCAGCAGGUGUUCUAUUCUACCUUAGAGCAGUUCUACUGGCAUGAACAGAGGACGGUGCAUGCUAUAUGUCACUCUCCACCUUAACUUUUAAGGUAACAGUAAUGACAGUUUUCUGCUCCAAACAUAUUUACUGCAAAUCAAAGCAUGACAAAUGUGUCCUGAAACUGCUCUGGUGUUUUGUCUUUGGCAUGCCAUGAAUAGAAUCUUUAUCACAUCAGUCAGUCUUGGAGGAAAGCCCCUGCAGGUCUUUUACACAAAAAUGCAGUUAGACAUCUUUGUGCCUUUGUGCAAAUGCUGACACAGGGCACAGGGCCUCCCAGUCCUAUGCCCACAUCAGUUUCCCACUUGCCUUUUACUUUGUCAGAAUUAUCUACAUUUUUUUGUUUGUUUUUAGGAGCGUGAUACUGUCAUGUGUUAUUGUAAGACUAAUUUCACUUUAAUCCAUUGAAGGGUAAGGUUUAUCAACUGAUUAUUAAGAGGUAAAAUAUAGAAACAGCUUUUAUAUUUGAUCUGUUAAUUGUGCUUUCAAAAUACCUGGCCUGUUACUCUAAUCUAUAUGUGCAAUAAAAAUGUAUAAAAACCAUAAAA